AUGAAGAAGAACAGAGGAGAAGAAGAAAUGGACGAAGGAGAAGAAGAACUGGACGAAGGAGAGGAAGAACAGAGCGUAAAUGGGUAUCGGAGACAGAAAUCUCGUGUCGCCGAUUUCAGAUCGUACAUCUUGGAAACGACGGCGUAUCCAAGAGAGCAUGAACAGCUCAAGAAGUUACGAGAAGCUACGGUCCACAAGUAUGGCAAUUUAAGCGAGAUAGGGGUACCGGUUGAUGAAGGGCUUUUCCUAUCGAUGCUUAUAAAGAUGAUGAAUGCCAAAAAUACGCUAGAGCUUGGCGUCUUCACCGGCUAUUCAUUGCUCACGACGGCUCUCGCAUUGCCUGAAGAUGGUCGUGUUACUGCAAUAGACAUUGACAAAGAAGCUUACGAGAUGGGUCUAGAGUUCAUCAAGAAUGCAGGUGUUGAUCACAAAAUCAAUUUCAUCCAGUCUGAUUCUCUUCAGGCCUUAGACAAGAUGUUGAGCGAGAAUCCAAAACCGGAGUUUGAUUUCGCAUUUGUUGAUGCUGAUAAACCAGACUAUGCCAACAUACACGAGAGACUAAUGAAGCUGGUGAAAGUUGGUGGAAUCAUAGCUUUUGAUAACACGUUAUGGUCUGGGUUUGUAGCUGAGGGUGAGGAAAGCAUGCCAGAUCCGCACAUGAGAGUUUACAGAAAAGCCCUUAUGGACUUGAACAAACAGCUCGCUUCUGAUCCUCGAAUCGAGCUGUCUCAAGUCUCCAUUGGUGAUGGAGUCACUCUCUGCAGACGCCUUGUGUGA